AAAAGGUUACAAGCUCUACAUAUCAAUUUCAGUUAAAAUACACACCAGCUUAGACGAAGAAAUAUGUUCAAAAAUAUUACAACGUCUGCUCCAUGGUAAUAACUUUCAAAUAUAUAUUCCUCCCAACAGUAAACCAAUGAAAAUGUCUACAGACGCACUCUUUGUUUAUGAGACACGGCUGUUCCAUAUCAAAAAAACAAUGUUUGAAUAAACAUAUCUAGUGUACAAAUAAAUAAUCUCAAGUGAUUUACGAAUUAAAUUUGUGAUCUAAACAUUGUGACGUAUCUUAACGUGACGUGUGACAUAUCGUGAAGUGUUUUGUCGUGACGUUGACGGAUAGUACUGAGUGAUAGCGUUAAAUGUGAUGUGAUGAUGCGGCGAGGUAAAGCGCUGCUGGAAGCCAGCAGGCAGGGCUCAGUCGACGGCAAUAGUAACGUGGCUAAUGACAAGGAACUGGUGCACAAAUGUCACAGCGAUCCGGGCGGUGGGAGAGCGUUGGGUGCGAUACCAAGGACGUACAGACAUCGUUCCGUGUCAGGCGCUUUGAGGAAAUGCGUCCUGACAUUAGAUGGAUACUCGUACGUUAUAGAACAAGGCGCUCUAACGAUAGUCCGCCGCUCGUCAAGCCGCAGCAAAGGCGAGUGCGCUACGCCCACCGACGAGCAACUCGACCAGCUCGAUCUGGACACCGAACACUUGCCCGCCGUCGACACGCCCGAUGCCUGCGAUAAGGCCGCACUUAGAUUACGCUAUUUACUCAGACAAUUAAAUAGAGGUGAAAUACCCGCGGAAACACUACAAAAGAACCUUCAAUACGCCGCCAAAGUUCUCGAAGCAGUCUACAUAGAUGAGACCAAACGGCUUGCGGAUGAAGAUGACGAGUUAUCAGAGGUUCAACCGGAUGCUGUACCUCCAGAAGUCAGGGAAUGGUUGGCGUCAACAUUCACGAGGCAACUGGCAACAUCCAAGAGAAAGUCUGAUGAAAAACCAAAGUUCCGGUCCGUCGCACACGCUAUCCGCGCUGGAAUAUUCGUGGAUAGGAUCUACAGACGGGUCACGAGUACUGCGCUUAUGCAGUUUCCACAAGAUGUAGUUCGAGUUUUAAAGACAUUGGAUGAAUGGUCAUUCGACGUGUUUGCACUGCACGAGGCAUCAGUGGGAGCGCCAGUGAAGUACCUUGGAUACGAACUACUGAACAGAUACGGCAUGAUACAUAAGUUUAAGGUGCAGUCGACCAUUUUAGAGACUUUCCUCAGCCGGAUAGAGGAGGGCUACUGCAAGUUCCACAACCCCUACCACAAUAAUCUGCACGCGGCUGAUGUUGCGCAGACCGUUCACUAUAUGCUCUGUCAGACUGGACUUAUGAACUGGCUGUCAGACCUGGAAAUAUUCGCGACGUUGGUAGCAGCGAUUGUACACGACUUCGAGCACACCGGCACCACAAACAACUUCCACGUGAUGUCCGGCUCUGACACCGCUCUGUUGUAUAACGACCGUGCCGUGCUCGAGAACCACCACAUCAGUGCUGCGUUCAGACUGAUGCGUGAUGAGGAGUGCAACAUUCUGCAGAACUUAUCCCGCGAUGAAUUCCGCGAGUUUCGCACACUGGUCAUCGACAUGGUGCUGGCGACAGACAUGUCGUUCCACUUCCAGCAGCUGAAAAACAUGCGGUCACUACUCACUCUCGCAGAGCCAGCGGUCGACAAGUCCAAAGCCGUGUCCCUUGUGCUGCAUUGCUGUGAUAUAUCGCAUCCAGCUAAGAGAUGGGAUCUCCAUCAUCGGUGGACUAUGAGCCUCCUGGACGAGUUCUUCCUGCAGGGAGACAAGGAGCGGGAGCUGGGACUACCCUUCAGUCCCUUAUGUGAUCGGAAUAAUACUCUUGUAGCAGAAUCUCAAAUUGGCUUCAUUGAAUUCAUCGUGGAGCCCAGCAUGGGCGUUUGUGCUGAUAUGUUGGAAUGUAUACUAGGUCCGCUGCAUUCUAACCCCAAAAAUACUACGAAUACUAGCGGACAAGAGCCCAUUAAUGAAGAGAAUACAGGUGCAGAAGGAAGCAAUAAAUUUAAAAUAAGAAAACCGUGGGUGACUUGCUUGAGCGACAACAAGAAGAUAUGGAAGGAGCAAGCAGCUAAAGACGCAGAAGCCCGCGCUAAGCUUGAAGAGGAGGCCAACGGCGAACAGCCAGUGGCAACAGAAGAAUAAUAUUUGGCCACAUUUGUAAAUAGUGUGAAAACAUCGUGUUGCAACAUGUUUCAGUCACUCAUGAAAAAGAACUAAAUUAUAAUAGUUAAGCGGUUAAAUAGUUACGCUUCUUCGCAUUUAAAUUAAGUGAACUGAAGUUACUCGUGCGUUUUUACUUUGUGAUGAAUGCUUAAAAAAUUAUAAUUGUACAGGCAGUGUUACCAACAUAAAAUGUCUGAACAUUA